AUGGUACGGUCGGUUCCAGCCGGUUCCAGUCAUUUUCCGACCGUUUCCUGCAAACUUCGAGCUGGAAACGGUCAGGAACUGAUCGGAUAUUUCCUAUGCAAUUCCGGCCGGAAUUCGGCGGCAAGGAACCCGCCAGAAUUUGCUGGAAUCGGCGAAAACUGUGCCGGAAUCGAGAAGAGCUGUACCGGAACCGACUUAGAUUUCAACGGAUCCAGUCGCCGGAAUGAACGACCUGGUCAGAAAAGGCAGAGAUUGAGAAAAAAGCUCCAAACUGAACAAAAAACAGCUCAAUUGCUGUUGGAAGAAGGAAAUCAACGUAUUGGAAAUUCGUUAAGAAAAGGAAAUUUUACUGACAUACAAGCUGCCUAUGCAUUAAACAAGAUUGGAACUGAAAAGAUGAAAAUUAUUGAUGAAGAUAUGUCACAGAUCAUGAAAGAUAUUUCAAUGAUUCAGCAAAAGCGAGCUCAUACUGAUCGCGAACAGUCAAACGAGAAACGUAAAUUGGCUGCCGAACAAGUAAUGUUAGAAGAGAAUGCAACCAAAUUUGUAAAAUAA